AUGGGUAGCCAGAUGCCGCCAGAGGAUGAGCUGGAUCGAUUCUCGGAGUUUCGCAUGCCGCACGUCAUCAAACGCUGCACUGAGGAGGAUCCCUUGCAAUUCUAUGGUGCCACCAUCUCGGGGUCCUUCGCGUUGAUCUUGACUUUAUCAAUGUGUAUCCGUCAGUCGCACGUCCUGAACGGGCGUCCCCUGUGCAUGCAGCGGGGCUACUACCGCGGCAUGUUGUUUUUUCCUAUGGUUUGGGCAGUUUGCUGCUGGGCCACCCUAUUCUGCCCCUUGGCCCGGCCUUUGGCAGAGCUGUUCAUGGGCCAGAUCGAGGCUUAUGCCAUCUACUCGUUUCUGGUGAGCUCGGUGAACGGGGAAUGUCUGAUUGUGAUCCAAGCAGUUCAGGACUACGGCCCGCAGCGAUAUUUCGCAGUGCCACCAUUGGGAUGUUUCUUUUAUCGUUGCUGUAAACCUCACCAUAUCUCUGCGAAGCAGUUGCUGUGGGUCUCGAGGUUGGUCAAACAGUUUGGUGUCCUGCAGAUCUUCUUUAACUCCUACUUCUUGUGGGCACGCCUCACCUUGCUACCUGCACAAGCCCUUCGAGUGGAGAAGAUCAGCGAGGCUGUCUUGAAAGUCUCCGGCGUAGUGGCCAUGUAUGGGCUCUUCAUUAUGUACAAGGCGACCCAUGACUUGCUCCAUAAUUGGAACACCACCAGAAAGUUUGUAGCCUUGAAGGUGGUGAUCGUUGUGUCAACCCUGCAGGGGAAGCUCUUGUCUUGGCUCAUCUCGUCGACGGGGUUGUUUACUACCAAGUGCUUGCUCAGUAAGGAGCAUCCUGAAGACAUGCAUCGCUUGCUCACUUUCUGGUCCUGCUACUUCACCCUUCUCGAAACGGUGGUUCUGUCGCUCUUGAUCAUCAAGGCGUUUCCCGCUCACGAGGUCACAGACUAUCCCUUGAAAAACCUGGAUUUGGUGGAGUUGGAACUCCGUCAGAUAGACGAACGCCGGAGCGUUCCGUCCAUGGCAUAG